UUUUGGACUGAAGCUAUAUCCAUGGAUUCCGUCCCCGUAUUUUCACUGGAAAUGUGGAUUAUGAUUAAAUAUGAUGGCCAAUGGAUCUCAAUUACUUUGUUCUCUAGUAUUCAUGUUGUCGGCUUAACUAUACCUUCAAAUUGUACGUACGAUUCUCUAUAUUCUCGUGUUUGCGCUGCUAUGGGUGAGAAUUAUGCCGGGAAGAAUAUUAAGAUCUCAUAUGUUUUUGCUGCAUGCCCACCGCCCGUGAAUGUAUGUGAUGACGUUAGUCUACAAUUUUAUUUACAAUUGAAGAGUUUUCAAAAGGAUCCGAUGCAAAUGCCGUUGUGUGUUGAAUUUGUAUCCGGUGAGGAGGUUGGUGCUACUACUGGAGAGGAAGCACAUGGAAUUAACCACCCGAGUAAUCUGGAAGAAUGUGGUGACUUUAACGAAGAAGACAAUAAUUUCAGUCACUAUGUUGAUAUGGACUUUGAAUUUGAGCAUAUAUCGAGUGUUGAAAUUAUGAGGUUAAAUUCUCAGGUUGAUGAAAAGAUUCAUAAUAUGCCUGUUUUCAACCAUUCUGAACCCACACACAUUGCAUUGCAUAGCAUCUAUGGAAGCAAGAAGAAACUUGAUUUUCAUUUAAAGAUGUA